UUCGCCCACAUAGAGGCAAGCCGACUUCACGCAUGGUUUUGCGAAUCGAACAUUGCAAAGUUAACAAUCGAAUUGGCAGCCAGUUUCGAAAGUAUGGCGAAAGCGCUUAGUUUAUACUUUAAGUUUGAUGUCCCUAACGAUGAAGAACUUGUCCGCCAAAUGGAUCAGAAAAUAGUAAGCGAUACAAGUUCGAACACGUUUAAACACACAUGGGCUGGUGGAGUAACUGUUCGCUUGUUUGUAAUGUCAAGUGUUGGCAUACCAGAAGAACAUCUUUCAAAUAUCUUCCAACGCUUUUACCGCGUCGAGUCGCAACUAUCACACAGGCGCGAAGGUACUGGGAUUGGUCUUGCUCUCGUUAAGGAACUCGUCACGCGACAUGAUGGUGAAAUCCACGUCACAUCCCAAGUGAAUGUCGGCACUACUUUUCGCAUUUGGAUUCCUACCAUCUUCCUCAGCAACAAGUUUACUUUGGAAGCAAAAGAAAUAUUUCUCAAUUUGAUGCAGAAUACGAAAACCAAAUUCAUUCGGGUACAAGCUUGUAUUGCCUAUGCAGAAAGUAUAGAAGGUGGAGGAGUCUAA